GUUUAUCUAAGUUGAAAGUUUGUUUCGCCAUUUGAUUCUUUGUCUUGCCGAAUUGAAAGAAUUGAAGAGUUGAAUUGCUCGAGAUAAUUAACACGGAUAAUAAGGAUAAAGAUAGAGAUCGAAGUUUAAAUUUCGCGUGGCAGUUAUGCGGGUUUUACUUACUGGUGGAUCCGGUUUCAUCGCCGCUCACAUCCUCGAUAUUCUUCUUUCACGUGGUCACACAGUCAUCACAACCGUCCGUUCCCAGCAAAAAAUCGAUGCCAUCAAAGCUGCUCAUCCAGAUGUUCCUGCUUCCAAGUUAGAUUUCUUCAUCGUGGAAGAUAUUGCAAAGGAAAAUGCUUUUGAUGAAUGCUUGAAGAAGUUUGGGGAGGGGUUGGAGGCCGUGUUGCAUACGGCUAGUCCGUUCCACUUCAAUGUAACCGACACCAAGAAAGACCUUCUAGACCCCGCCAUAAUCGGUACAACCGCCAUCCUUCACGCCAUCAAAAAGUUCGCCCCCUCUGUAACCCGCGUCGUGGUGACCUCUUCCUUCGCCUCUAUUAUCGAUGCCUCGAAGGGAAACUGGCCCGACCACACAUAUACCGAAGAAGACUGGAACCCCAUCACGCUCUCCGAAGCCGUCGAAAACCCAUCCAACGGUUACCGCGCCUCCAAAACCUUUGCCGAAAAAGCCGCGUGGGAGUUCGUCGAAAAGGAGAACCCCAAUUUCACCCUUAGCACGAUGAACCCUCCCUUGGUACUCGGUCCUAUUGUGCAUUAUUUAAAUUCCUUAGAUGCGUUAAACACAUCUAACCAACGCGUGCGCGAUGUCCUGCAAGGGAAAUGGAAAGAGGAAAUCCCGGGCACGGGAACAUUUAUCUGGAUCGACGUGAGGGAUUUGGCAUUGGCGCAUGUGAAAGCGAUUGAGAUUGCGGAGGCGGCGGGGAAGCGAUUUUUCAUCACGGAGGGGUAUUUUAGCAAUAAAGAGAUUUGUGAGAUUAUUCGGAAGAAUUUCCCGGAGGAUGGGGGAGAGUUGCCCGGGAAAGAGGUGAAGGGUGGUGGGUAUCCGGAGGGAGGAAUUUAUAAGUUUGAUAAUGCGAGGACGAGAAGUGUGUUGGGAUUGGAGUUUAGGGGCUUGGAGGAGAGUAUUGUGGAUUUGGUGAAGAGUUUGAAGGAGGUGGGUGUUUAAGUUGUUAGGAGGGGUGGAGGGGAGUUGGAAAUGAGAGAUGAAAGGUUGAAAUGGGAAGUAGAGAAGUAGUAAAGAAAGAUGAAGACGAAGAUGAACAGUGCAAGACAGGUGUACACAUAUUAUUUCAUUAUUUGUCUUAAUGAAAUAUGAACAAUCCCUCCGAUUGAUUCCCCCAAAAAACUCUCUUUUUCCACAUCCUAUUGUAGUUCAUUCAAAAUGUUGAUAUCCCAAUCCCAAUCCCAAUCCCAAUCCCAAUAUACACAUAAAAGUAACUCCCAAGUCUUCAAAUCGAACCACAUUUAUAUCCCAACCAAAUUCAGACCUAGCCCUUUCUCCUCUCUCCUCUUUCCUUGAAGAUUGAGAUUUAAAUUGGGAUUAGUAAUGA